GAGGUUGCCAUGGGAUCCAGCCCUAAGACCCUUCAGGCCAUUGUGGAUGCGCCUGGGGUGAGAGGGAAAAAUGUCGCCGCUCUAUGGAAAGAUGGUUUGCCUGCUUUCAUUCAAUCAAUCAUUUCCACCAAACAUGAACUGCAAGAGCCUUUCUACGUGCUCGAUUUGGGUGUUGUCAUGGCCCUGUUUGACCAGUGGUCUCGUAACCUUCCUAUGGCUCAACCUUUCUAUGCCGUUAAAUGCAACCCCAACCUAGCUUUGCUUGGGGUAUUGGCUGCCUUAGGCUCGAGCUUUGACUGUGCAAGUAAGGCCGAAAUCAAAUCCGUUUUGUCUCUUGGCGUUUCACCUAGCAGAAUCAUUUUUGCUAACCCAAGCAAAGCAGAGCCCCACAUCAAGUAUGCUGCAACGGUUGGUGUUAACCUGACAACUUUCGACUCCAAAGAGGAACUUGAGAAAAUUAGGAAGUGGCACCCUCAAUGUGCUUUAUUGAUCCGAGUCAAAGCCCCGGAUGAUGGCGGCGCAAGAUGCCCUUUAGGUUCCAAGUACGGUGCACUUCCGGGGGAAGUCACCCCUCUUCUCCAAGCAGCUCAAACUGCGCGACUUACUGUUACAGGAGUCUCAUUCCACAUUGGUAGUGGAGGCAUGCAGUUUCAAGCCUAUCAAAAAGCCAUAGCAGCAGCCAAAACUGUGUUUGAAACGGCUGCUAGACUUGGCAUGCCCAAAAUGCGUGUGCUAAACAUCGGCGGAGGGUUCACAGCCCCCCCACACUUUGCUGAAGUAGCGUCAACAGUGAAAGCCGCUCUCCAAGCGUAUUUCCCAAACGAGCUAGGCUUAACAGUGAUUGCUGAGCCUGGUCGUUUUUUCGCGGAGUCAGCUAUCACCCAAGCCACCAACAUUAUAGGAAAGCGCGUCAGGGGUGAUUUAAAAGAGUAUUGGAUCAACGAUGGGAUCUACGGCUCAUUGAACUGUAUUCUCAACGACCAUGCGGUCGUCACCUGCAUGCCUCUCGUAGGAGCAUCCAGUCCCAAGUUUGAAGGAGCUAGGACCUAUGAUUCCACCGUGUUUGGACCCACAUGCGAUGCGCUUGAUACGGUCUUAAAGGGAUAUCCGCUGCCGCAACUGCAGAUGAACGACUGGCUGGUGUUCCCCAACAUGGGGGCUUACACUGUGGCUACUGGGUCCAAUUUCAAUGGGUUCAACACGUCUGCCAUCCUGACUUACCUUGCUUAUUCCAGCCCAAAAUUGAGCGAGGCCCUUGGCGGACUGGACUGCAUGGUUUCGUGUUAG